AUGCUCGUGCCACCUCAAGUGCCAUCGAUCUGCCUUUCGCUCGUGCUGGACGCUGUUGGAAACUCGCUGCAUCAACCAGGCUCUGGUCGCGGACCCCUGGUGCCGUUUCCGCAGUCUGAUGAUAAUGACCAGUCAUUCCGUCCCCGGCAUUCCAGACGCGGCAGCUUCAUCUCGCUGUUAAGGCGGAAGAAGGAUCCUUCUAGCAAAAUAACCCGCGAGCUGUCGGAGAGUGCUGCUCGUCAAGAUACGAACCUUGAGCGCAGUCCAGAGGAGCUCGAUGCGCUUCGCAACACUCCAUUGCACAGGCGCGGCCCAAGCUGGCCACUUCCCGAGCCCGGUGUGACUGGGCUCGGAGCUGACCAGCACUCACCAGAGCGCCCAUCCACCGCAGGAGGAGCCAUCGUCAGCACCAGCUCCAACAAAUCCAAGUUUAUGCGACGACGUAGCGCAUCACAGGGCAUGGUGCCAGCCGACACCGCCGACAUGGACGAUGACCUGAUCACAGAUGCUGUCCCGCAGAAGAAGAAGAAGUUUGGCGCACUCCGUAAAAUGUUUGGACUGCACGACUAG